AACAUAUCAUAUUUAUACUUGACACACCCUCCCAAUAUAUUCUUUCCCUCCCUCCAUCCCCUUUCAAACCCCUUGCACACCUUUACACACACAUACAGACCAUACUUCACACCUCAACCACUCACCUCCCACCAUUACUCUCUUCAUAGACUCACUUCAAUUUUAUUAUCAGUGAAGCACCAGAAAGAUUAGAACGUUAAUCUCAAAACACUAACAGAGUCAUGCUAUAGUAUAGACGCACAUAUACAAUCCAGAUUAAGUAGCAAGUUUACGUUAAGGCGAAUGGGUUACCUUUCGUCAUGUAAUGCAGAAUCAGCCAUUUCCACAUGCGAUUCCUACAAUCUAACCAAGAAAUCGCUCUCCAAUCCUCAAAACAAGCAGUUUAAGCUCAGAAAAUUCCGUUUUGCAGAUCUUGAAUCCGCUACGAACCGAUUUUCCGAGAGUAACUUCCUCGGAAAAGGAAGUCAUGGCUCGGUGUACCGAGCCGCGCUCGACGGCGGCGCUUUGAUCACCGCCGUGAAACGAACUACCGUUAAUCAUUCGCCGGAGCGUAACACCGCCGCUAGUCCGGCGGAAAACGAGAUCGAGACGCUAUCUCGUGUUCGUAACCCUAGGUUAGUGAAUCUGCUAGGGUUUGGAACAGAUCCGAUCGACGGAAGAAAACUUAUUGUUGUUGAAUACAUGCCGAACGGUUCAUUGUACGAUUUGUUACACAAAAACGAUACACGAACGUUCGGAUUAUCAAAACGAGUACGGAUCGCGAUUCAGGUAGCGAAAGCGAUUCAUCAUCUUCAUACCUCAAAUCCGCCGGUGAUUCACCGUGAUAUUAAGUCGUCAAACGUGUUGUUCGACGGAAAAUGGAACGCUAGGUUAGGUGAUUUCGGAUUGGCGUUGAGAGGACACGUGGAGGACGUGAAGGUGCAAUGCACACCCCCGGCCGGUACGUUAGGUUAUCUCGAUCCGUGCUAUCUUGCACCGGGAGAUCUCAGCGCCAAAAGUGACGUCUUCAGUUUCGGAAUUUUGUUACUCGAGAUAUUUUCCGGUAGAAACGCGAUUGAUUUGAGGUUUAGUCCACCGUCGGUGGUGGAUUGGGCGGUUCCGAUCAUCAGAUCCGGUGAUUACAGCGAGAUAUUCGAUCGGAAUGUUGACGUCACGGCGGACGAAACCGCCGUGAGGAUGCUAGCGGUGUUGGCGGCGAGGUGUGUCAGAUCGACGGCGGAGAAGCGGCCGGCGAUGGCGGAGGUGGUGCAGUGUUUAACCGCGGCGAGUAAGCGAUUGACGUCACAAGUAUGGAACGGUUUCGGGCGUGUGCGGCGGCGCGUGAGAGUGACGUCACCGCCGUUGAUUGAAUAUGAGGCGUUGGUUGAGAGUACCGAGACGGUUAUUGUAUCGAGUAGGAGGGUGAGGAAAGUAUCCGGUGUGACGAGUGAGCAGGUAAAGGGGAGAUCCGACGGUGGUUGUGUGGGGAGAUCGAGAUCGAUUGGGUCUGUAGAUGAGAUUGGAUUUGGACCGUUGGAUGGGAUGAAAUGUGGGGUGAGUGUGAAGGGGAUGAUGAGUAGGUCAAAGUCAACGGGGGAGUUACAGAAAAGAUAUGGUGGGAUUGUGUUGCAGAUGAUUAGGAAUCCUAAUGUUCGAGAAUUGGAAUCAUCAAAGUUACUUGUGAGGUUUAGAUGAUUUGAGUGUUGAUUAUAUAUGAUUUUUGUUAUUUUUUCAUGUAAAAUUACAAACAUUCAUACAUCUAGGAAAAAAAUGGUUUUUUUUUUA